CAGAACAAGAUGCUGUAUUUAUUUUCGCAACUAAUUUCGACUGAUUCCGUUAAGACUGAAGACUCCAAGUGUCGACUCUGUAUCCGAAUUCGAUGGCCAGUAAUCAGAGUCAAAAGAUUCGCCAUCUAGCAUGUGGAUAAAACUCAAAGCAAAACAGUUGACUUAAUCUUCGAAGAAAUCUCCGGAUUAUUAUUUAUUCAUAACUACAACUAUUUAUCAAUCUUUUAACUUCAUAACAAAAUCAUAAAAGAAUAUCUGCUGGAAUCUUCCCAAAUCCCACUACCAGAAAUCCAAAACCCAAAACCCAGUAAAGAAACAACAACCUUUUCAUGCCUGUAACCCGUUUGUGAAAUUGCCUCAAUGAAGAUCUUUUACAGAAUCGCCGUCUUUUCACUAUCAAUCUUUGUUGUUUUAGCAUCAGCGAAUUUUGUGAAAGGUAAUAUUGAAAUCACGGAACAACCCUUGUCCAAAAUCGCAAUUCACAGUGCUGUGUUUGCUCUCCGUGAUGACGCCUCCAUUAAAGCUUAUCCUACUGUUCUUGGCUCAAAGGGUGAAGAUGUUGAUUGGGUGACAAUCGAGCUUCAACACCCAAAUCCAUCGAAUGAUGACUGGAUUGGAGUAUUUUCUCCUGCUAAAUUUAAUGGAUCAACUUGUUACUUUGAAAAUGAUUCUAAGCUACAGGCUCCAUACAUAUGUUCUGCACCAAUAAAGUACACAUUCGCAAAUUACUCGAAUUGGGAAUAUGCAAAAACAGGAAAAAGUACAUUAAAACUCCGGUUAAUCAAUCAACGAGCUGAUUUCUCAUUUGCCUUGUUUUCGGGUGGAUUAUCAAAUCCAAAAUUAGUUGCUCAUUCGAACUUUAUAUCAUUUGCAAAUCCAAAAGCACCUGUUUAUCCACGUCUUGCUCUAGGAAAAUCUUGGAAUGAAAUGACUGUGACAUGGACAAGUGGCUACAAUAUAAACGAAGCAACUCCUUUUGUGGAAUGGGGAGUCAAAGGUCAAGGCCGAAUUCGCACUCCCGCGGGAACACUAACAUUCCAUCAAAAUAGCAUGUGCGGGUCACCAGCAAGAUCAGUCGGGUGGCGGGACCCAGGUUUCAUACAUACAAGUUUCUUGGAAAAUCUAUGGCCAAAUACCAAGUAUACUUACAAAAUGGGGCAUAUAUUACCCGAUGGGACACAUAUAUGGAGCAAAAAGAUUUACACGUUCACGUCACCCCCUUUUCCAGGACAAGAAUCCUUGCAACGUGUUAUUAUAUUCGGUGAUAUGGGAAAGGCUGAACGUGAUGGAUCAAAUGAGUAUAGUAAUUAUCAACCUGGUUCACUCAAUACCACUGAUCAGCUCAUUAACGACAUUGAUAACAUAGACGUUGUGUUCCACAUUGGAGAUAUCGUGUAUUCAAAUGGCUACAUUUCACAAUGGGAUCAAUUCACUUCACAAAUUGAACCCAUUUCAUCGGUUGUUCCAUAUAUGAUUGCAAGUGGGAAUCAUGAACGUGACUGGCCUGGAAGCGGCUCGUUUUACGAUGGGAAAGAUUCCGGUGGUGAAUGUGGUGUUCCGGCGGAGACUUCGUUCUUUGUCCCUGCACAAAACCGAGCUAAAUUCUGGUAUUCGACGGAUUAUGGGAUGUUUCGUUUCUGUAUAGCGGAUUCGGAGCAUGAUUGGAGGGAAGGAACAGAACAAUACAAGUUCAUCGAGAGAUGCCUGGCGUCAGUCGACCGGAAAAAACAACCGUGGCUCAUAUUUGCUGCCCACCGUGUUCUUGGUUACUCGUCGGACAAAUACUACGCGGCGGAUGGGUCGUUUGAGGAGCCCAUGGGAAGAGAGAGCUUGCAGAAGCUAUGGCAGAAAUACAAAGUCGACAUCGCGUUUUAUGGCCAUGUCCAUAACUACGAAAGAUCUUGCCCUAUUUAUCAGAAUGUGUGUGUGAACCCUGAGAAGACGCAUUAUUCCGGCACGGUGAACGGAACUAUUCACGUCGUCGUCGGUGGUGCCGGAGCUCAUUUGUCUGAAUUUGGUGAGAUUAAUACGACUUGGAGUGUUUUUAAGGAUUAUGAUUUUGGGUUUGUGAAGAUGACUGCGUUUAACCAAUCGUCGUUGUUGUUUGAGUACAAGAAGAGUAAGGAUGGGAAGGUUUAUGAUUCGUUUACGAUUUCGAGAGAUUACAGAGAUGUGUUGGCGUGUGUACAUGAUGGGUGUGAGGCUACCACUUUGGCAUAGUAAAUAGUUUUAUCAUCAGUGUUUUGAUUGUGAAGCAACAUUUUCGUUUAUUUGUGUUUUUGUGCCUUAUUGACCAUAGACAAAUGAUGAGAAAAUGUUGUGUUGCAUUUUUAAGAUGAUACCCUUGUUUAGCUUUUA